CCUUUGAACGAAACAGGGUAAAGGAAAGCAGAACUGUUUGUCGUCCGGACAAAAUGUCUCUUCUGCGCGUUUUUUCAUUUGCUGGCAAGACUGCCAAAAACCGAGGAUUGCUUGUAGAAUCUGUACUUACAGCUUGCUCUAGGACGGCAGGGUACGCGGCAAGCGGCGUGACCAAGGAUAAAGAACCGCUAAGGAAGGCGAAAACACCACAGGGCCGCUUCGACAUGGAUGAGAAAGACACUAAAAAUAAAGACGUGCUUGAAAAGUUCCCGGAUGAUGUUAACCCGGAGACAAAGGAGAAAGGGGGACCCAGGGGGCCAGAGCCGACGCGAUACGGGGAUUGGGAGAGGAAAGGCCGCUGCAUUGACUUUUAGGUCACCUGUAGUUCCUAAAUAAGUGAUUCAUGUGAAUAACUAGUCUGUUGUCCUCAGGAGCAGACUUCUUGUAUCUCACUGGAGAAUGUGACUAAGACUAUGUAAACACUUUAAGAGGAAAUGUAAUUAGAAAUGUAAUUAGCUGUUCUUUAUAAGACAAGCAAUGCUUGCGCUUGACUUCUGGUGGUGACUUUGCACGAUAUGGUUGAAAAACUACUCAUUGCAAAGUGUUUGCGUUGACAGUGUCACUCCGUCAUUCCCUCUUCAUUUAUUUAGUGUCAAACAAAUGAAGAAAUACAAGCGAAAAUCCAUUGAACAAUGCCUACAUUUUUCCAUGGGUCAUUAAUUUAUUUCAUGUUUACUCAAGAGAGUCAGAGUGAUGUUUGAACGAGUAGGCAUUUUACCAUUUUAUUGAUCAUAGUAAUAGUAACAGUUCUCAUUAGUGUUCUACUUCAUAGUGACAUUGCCUUAUUAAUCAAGAGAAUCAAUGACAAUACUGACGAUGACUCUUUGUGACACCAAUGUUAUUCCUGUUUGAAUUUGCCUCAGCACAUAGAACACCGUGAGAGCAUCUGUACAUUUAGCAUAAAAAGAAUACAGAGGAAAGUAGGAAUGUUUAGAAUGGACCCAGUCAUUCAUAGACUUCAUACUCUUUUACUUGACCAAGGUCUGCUACUUGUGACAUAUUCUAAUGCCAUGAUAUUUACACUUUGCUCCAAAAUAAUCUCCUUUUUCUUGAGUGCAAUAAAAGGAUGAACCUUGAGCACUAAAA